UCUAUAAAUACACUUCUCUUUCUCUCUCUAGCCCCUACCCACGCACACAGAGAACACAGAAAGCAACAACAGAGAGAGAUGGCUACAGUGAGAAGAAUUAAGCUGGGUACACAAGGUCUAGAGGUAUCAGCUCAGGGACUGGGCUGUAUGGGCAUGUCCGCCGCCUACGGUCCUCCGAAGCCCGACCAGGACAUGAUCGCCCUCAUCCACCACGCCGUUAACGCCGGCGUCACCCACCUCGACACCUCAGACCUCUACGGCCCUCACACCAACGAAAUUCUCAUCGGCAAGGCAUUGAAGGGAGGGAUGAGAGAGAAAGUGGAAUUGGCCACCAAGUUCGGCAUCAGAUUUCUGGAUGGGAAUACCUUAAUCAAUGGCGAUCCGGCCUAUGUGAGAGCUGCUUGUGAAGCCAGUUUGAAGAGGCUCGACAUCGAUUGCAUCGAUCUCUAUUACCAGCAUCGCAUCGACACUCGAAUCCCUAUCGAAGUCACGAUGGGAGAACUCAAGAAACUGGUUGAAGAGGGUAAAAUAAAAUAUAUAGGUAUAUCCGAGGCCUCAGCUUCAACGAUCAGAAGGGCGCAUGCUGUUCAUCCGAUAACAGCUGUGCAGCUGGAGUGGUCUCUGUGGGCAAGAGAUGUAGAGGAAGAAAUAAUUCCUACUUGCAGGGAACUUGGCAUUGGGAUUGUUGCGUACAGUCCUCUAGGACGGGGAUUCUUUUCAUCUGGUCCAAAGUUGGUGGAGAACUUAUCGAACGGUGACUUCCGAAAGUAUAACCCCAGGUUCCAAGGUGAGAAUCUUGAACAUAACAAAAAUCUAUUUGAGCGGGUUAGUGAAAUGGCAGCAAGAAAGCAAUGCACCACAUCCCAGCUAGCAUUGGCCUGGGUCCAUCACCAAGGAAACGACGUUUGUCCGAUACCGGGUACUACCAAGAUUGAGAACCUCAAGCAGAACAUCGGGGCAUUGUCUGUAAAACUAACACCAGAAGAAAUGGCAGAACUCGCAGCCAUUGCUUCAGCUGAUGCAGUUAAGGGCGAGAGAUAUGGGCCGUCGAUGACUACUUGGGAGAACUCAGACACUCCACCCUUGUCCUCGUGGAAAGCUUAAUAAAAGAUAUGCCUGCAACUGUGCGCAAAUACUGUGUGGUCUGGUUUUGGGAGUGUAUAAUGUUCGGUUCAUGUUCGGAUUUUGUCAGCCGGAGAGAGAUACGUGUCUAGAGAAGUAGAAGAGUAUGGCAUGUAAUAAGAUCAUAUAUGAUUUCAAAGUUUUUGGAGGCGAAAGUUGCUUAAUCUUGAGAUGUAAUGGCUUGUAUGCAGGUAUGGAAUAAAAAAUAAAUAAAAUUCUAGAUUUUUGCAAGAUA